UCAAGAGUGGCCCUUCUGUAUAGUGUAUAUUCUGUGCUAAGGGCAAAUUGGUAAAAAAGCAUGCUGACUGCAUGUUUUUGACAGCAAGCUGCUGGGUUGUCGGAGCAAAGUGAAAGUAAGGUGCGAAUACUUGGGGAGAUAGGCAGUAAGCUCUAAGAAAGACAAAGAUUGAAAAAGCAGCCAAACUGAAAAAAACAUGGCUGUCGAAAAACUUGCAGGAGCAAUCGGUAGUCCAGGCCGAUUUCAAAUCAUCUUAUAUCUCAUGUUAUGCUGCAAUUCAUUUUUUGUCGCCUGGAACCAUUUGGGUAUGGCAUUUAUGGGUGCAAAAACCAAACACCAUUGUGAUGUUGGUAAUGCCAGCAUGGUGGCCAAUCUCAUUCCACCAGUAUCCAAACCUGGUGGAAGAGCUAAGUGGGAUGGUUGUCAUGUGUAUGUAAACAAAACAUCAAAAGAAAUACGUUCAUGUCCUAAUGGCUGGAGUUAUGAUUUAAAAGGACGAGUGAAAACUAUUAUUUCUCAGUGGGAUUUAGUGUGCGAUGAUUCCUACAAAGCGAAUCUUGCGACAACCAUUUAUUUUUGUGGUGUUUUGCUUGGUGGCUUGGUCUUUGGAACGCUUUCGGAUAAAUUUGGACGACGACCUGUGUUGCUAAUUUGCCUGUUUUCAUCAAGCGUCGUUGGUUUGUUGUUAUUCUUAAUUGACAACUAUGUUGCCUUUGUUGUUCUACGUUUUAUACUGGGAGUUUUGUUACAGGGUCUUCAAGCAUCAUGUUACAUCUCGAUAAUAGAACUGUUUGCUCUGAAAUAUCGCGGUCACAUGGGCACCAUACAGGUGAUCUUCUGGGCUGCUGGUGGCGUCAUGGUACUACCUCUGAUUGCAUAUAUCUUUCAAGAUUGGAAAUAUAUACAACUGUUUAUAACCACGACAACUCUACUUCAAGCGGGAUUAAUAUGGAUGUUGCCGGAGUCUUUUCGAUGGCUGAUUGUUCAUAAGAGAUUCGACAAAGCAGAGCAGGUUAUCAGGAGAAUCGCAAAAUUCAAUCGUUUGCCGUUUCCGCGUGACAUUUUUGACGAAACUGUUGUAGAAAAUAAGUCAAAAGAAAGUGAAACAGCAGAGAGCCGAAAAUACACAUUCAUCGAUCUCUUUAGGUUUCGAGUGCUUAGAAAACGAUCCAUUGUCAUGGCAUUAAUAUGGUUUUCCUCUUCCGUUGGUUACUAUGGUAUUUCACUGAACAUUUCCAGCUUAGCGGGAGACAAAUAUCUGAAUUUCUUUAUUAGUGGUGUCUUGGAACUUGGUGCAUACAUUCUUACCGUAUUUGUUACUGCAAGGUUCGGACGUCGAAAGCCAUUGUUUGCAUACCUUUUGUUGGGAUCUCUAACAAACAUCGCUGCUGGAGUGCUCUCGGAAGAAGCUGACAAUGACUCGCUCCAGAAAUUGACUACAGCACUUGCAAUCAUUGGAAAAGUUGGUGUAGCAUGUUCGUUUAGUGUCGUCUUUAUUUACACUUCGGAAUUAUUUCCAACUGAAAUUAGGAAUGUUGGUCUUGGAGCAUGCGCAUCGUGGGCCAGAUUUGGUGGUGUUAUCGCUCCUCAAAUCUUACUCUUGGGAAAGAAGAGUCGAAAAUCUGUUCCAUUUAUAAUUUUUGGUACUUUUGCGUUCUUUUCAAGUCUAAGCUCCCUUCUUCUGAAGGAAACAUUAGGAAAGAAACUACCAGACACAAUUGAUGAAGAGGCCAAGGAAAACGUCUUGCUUUGGGAAGAUAAAAAUUAUGAUCCAGUUGAUAGUUCAGACAAAAAAGACGCAUCCUUAUAAAAGAACAAUAGUUUACCAUAACGUUGAACAUUUAUAUUUAUUUGGGGUAAUAUAUAACUGUAAGUUUAACUGAUAAUAGGCCAUGAUAUAAUAUCUAGUUUGUGCCAUUCAUCAUGGCAAAUGUAUACAUUGUCAUAAAAAAUGGAUCACAA